CUGGGCGGCGCAGCCAUGAGCUGCCAGGGGCUGGCGGAAGGCCCCGGCCCACCGGCCUCGGCCGCCCCGGCCGUCCCGAGCCGGCUGCGGGUCGGGUCGGUGCCGCAACCGCCGCCGCCGCCCAGGCCCGGGCCGCCCCUGGGGCUCCUGGGCAUCGGCCCCGCGCCCGUGGUGACGGCUCCGCCCGCGGCCCUGCCCGGGGCGCCCGAGCUGCAGAAGCGCGUGCUGGACCUGGAGAAGAGCCUGCAGUUCGUGCAGCAGCAGCACGCCGACACCCUGCUGAGCCUGCACGCCGAGGUGGAUCAGCUGCGCCGGGACAACCGCGACCUUCACUACAAACUCAUAAUGAAUCAGAAGCCGCAGCGGAAAGGUGUGACUUCUUCCAGUUCCCAUUUUCUCAAGUCCAGCUCAGGUGUGGUGCCGUCAGGUUGCUCAGCAUCCAAAGCCAAACACUCAUUUUGCUGCCCAAAGAGACAAGAGGCAGGGGAGUCCGGAGAAGAGAAGCAGGGCCCCAGCAUCAAGAUGGAGAAAGGCCUGGCUGGAGCAGAAGACGGAGCGCCAACCUCCACACUGAUCCCCAUGAUGUCCUGCCAGCCCCCGUUCAAACACAUCCUGGGGAUCACGUCCUCUCUGAAGCUCCCCCCACACACGCGGAAGCUGUCCACUCUUCGGCAGUGUGAGCUGGUCAUUCGGCAGCUGUGGAAUGCCAACCACCUGCAGGCCCAAGAGCUGCAACGCCUGAAAUCGGUCCUGGAAGAUGGCACUGGACAGACAGCUGAUGGCCUUCCAGCCACCCAUUCCAAGAGGGCGUUUGGAGAAAAAAAUACCCAUCAGUGUGCGUUCUCUGCAGGGUCCUGUGCCAGGCAUCAGGAAGGUAUGCAGUUUCCCAAAGUCGCUGAUAAGAGUGCAGCAAAAAAAUGUUUGAUCCUAGCUCCAAUACCUGGGCCAGAGAGAGCAGUCUUGCCAGCCCUGAAGCAAACCUUGAGAAAUAGCUUUGCUGAGAGACAGAAGAAAAUGCAGGCCAUCCAGAGUCGCCGUCUCCACCGCACAGUCCUGUAACAGACGCGAGGCUGGUUCGGACUAGGGGGCUGGGGAGUGGGAACUCGAGAGCACUGGGGGCACAGCAGCCAGAGCAGAUGCAUUCUAAGGCCAGGUCACACUUGACCUCUGACCUUCCAGUUCUCAUCAAUGACAACGUGUCAACGCUUCCUCCCUGGCCUCCUGGCACAAGCCUGCCGCUAUUCUCCCCAAAACAUACACCAACACAAAAAUGAAUUAGAAAUUACUAUUUCCCUACCAGCUAGAGAUUGUGAAUUAAAUCUCCUUAUCCUUGCGUUCCUUCA